AUGAGCGGCGCGGGCGGAGCUGCGCCGCGGCGGCGCAGCGAGGACGAGAAGGAUGCGCAGACAGUGAAGAAGUAUUUGGACAUCAAGGCUGCGGUGCGGGAGAAGCAGGCCAAGGACCAGAGGCGGAUGGACAAGGAGAAGAAGGCCAAGUCGCAGUCGGAUCGGUUGCAAAGCCUCGGCAGCGCCUUCUCAGGUCUUGCGACCGCGAAAACGAAAGAGAUAGAGAAGCUGAAGCAGAGCGAGGCGGCGAGACAGCUCCUGAAGGCCAAGACGACCACGCGCCACCAGCUCGACGGACAGGGUCGCGAGCUCAUCACGAUCGGCGGCCGCACUGCCCCCGUCGAUCGGCACAUGGAGGUCGCCAGCGCGUCCACGUCGGACCUGCGGCUGCUCUUCCGCGCGAUGAAACGCGCUGGCACGGCCCACCUGACGCUCAAGGGCUGCUGCGACCCCAAGGUCGACGCGCAGGAUAGCAUUGGCGUGCUGUCAGACUGGCUCCAGCUUCUGCCGGACCUGAAGAAGCUGGAGGUGAUCUCCUCGUACCUGUCGUUCAAGGAGCUCAAGCCGCUCGCCGGGGCGCUGGCGCAGAUCGACAACGUGACGCUCCUGAACCUGUCCAUGAACCCGCUCGGCGGGGACGGCGCGUCGGAGCUCGCGCACGCGCUGAUGAGCAACGACCAGUGCAAGCUGGCGGAGCUGCGGCUGGACGCGUGCGACAUCGACGACAAGGGCGGGACGGAGCUCGGGAACUUCGUCAAGGGCAACAAGACCCUCGAGAAGCUCUUCAUAAGCGAGAACAAGAUCGGGCCGAUCGGGUGCACGUGCAUCGCGGAGGGCGCGGCGGGGCACCCGAAGCUCGCGGUGAUCGACAUUUCCCGCAACGCGAUUCGCACGCGCGGGGUGAACGCCUUCGCGAAGCCCCUGCUGGCCGGCGCGCCGCUCCAGAAGCUGUCGCUGGCGGACAACCAGGCCGACGGGGACUGCAGGGAGUUCGGCGAGGCCGUGGGGCAGAGCACGCGCCUCCGAACGCUCAAAGUCAGCACCAACCCCAUCGGCGACUCCCUGCUGGUGGGCCUCGGGGACAACAUGGGCAAGGACACGGCGCUGGAGUACCUCGACGCGGGGGCGAACGAGGUGUCGGACUACGCGAUCCAGUACCUCACGCGCGGGCUGCAGAAGAACUCGACGGUCAAUUACAUCAACUUGAGCGGCAACCGCCUGAGCGACCAGAGCGGCAUUUACUUUGGGAAAGCGCUGCAGGAGAACAGCAGCCUCGCCACGCUCCUCCUCGCCUACAACGCCAUCAUGGACGACGGGCUCGAGGCCCUCAUCCAGGGGCUGAAGGGUAACAAGUCGCUGAAGAUGCUCGACCUGUCCGCGAACAUCAUCCGAACGUCGCGGCCGCUGGGGAAGCUGGCGACGGUGCUGUCGGAGGAGGACGAGAGCCUGCAGCCGGGCCUGGAGACGAUAUACCUGCGCGAGAGCGCCAUCCAGGACGAGAUGUUGAAGCCCGUGGCGAUGUCGCUGGGCACGAACAAGGCGCUGAAGGUGCUCGACGUGCAGGACAACGAGCUGAACUUCUUCCCCGUGCGCAAGGCGGACGCGCACCGGGUGAUCGGGCUCGACAAACAGAAGCGGCACGCGAAAAGGUGA